AUGGGGCCUGGAAGCAGUCUGGGUGUUGCUUUGUUCUGCUGGGUGCUGGCUGAAGCAGUGUCUUACAGCCCCCGGGGUUUCCCUCAAAGGGACUCGGGGGUCUUGAGGGUCCGGGGUGACUCCUCUUGGAGCCGACCACGGGGGUCUUCCUUCUCCCAGCCUUGGGCAUGGGUGGAUCUUUCCCAGCUCCAGGCUGCAGCCCCCCUGCACCCUGUGGCUGUGCAGUGCCAGGAGGCACAGAUGGUGGUGACGGUGCACAGGGACCUCUUUGGCACAGGGCGCCUGGUCAGGGCUGCAGACCUGACCCUGGGCUCAGCCUCCUGCCUGCCUGUGACCUGGAGCUCCUCUGAGAGCACAGUGACCUUCGUGGCUGGGCUGCACGAGUGUGGCAGCACCCUGCAGAUGACCCCAGACUCCUUGAUCUACAAAGUGAUUUUGUCCUACAAACCUACUCCUGGCAACAUGGUCAUUGUAAGGACCAACCCAGCGGUGGUUCCUAUUGAGUGUCACUAUCCCAGGAAGAGCAAUGUGAGCAGCAAUGCUGUGAGGCCCACGUGGGCUCCAUUCCACUCUACGCUGUCUACAGAGGAGCAACUGAUGUUCUCCCUGCGCCUCAUGAAUGAUGACUGGAGCACUGAGAGGCUCUCCAAUAGCUUCCUGCUGGGGGAAAGCCUGCACCUCCAGGCUGACGUGGCUUCUGAGGGUCAUGUGCCUCUGAGGCUCUUUGUGGAUGACUGUGUUGCUACUCUGAGUUCCAAUAGGAACUCCUCUCCCCAAUAUGCCUUGAUCAACCUCAGCGGGUGCUUGGUGGAUGGGAGAUCAGAUGACACCACUUCAGUCUUCAUCUCUCCGAGGCUAAGGCCGGAAACAUUGCAGUUUGUGGUUGAUGCAUUCAAGUUUGCAGGAGAUGACAGGAACUUGAUCUACAUCACCUGCCACCUGAAGGUCAUCCCAGCUGACCAAGCCCCAGAUCCACUGCACAAAGCCUGUUCCUUCAACAAAGCCAGUGGCCUUUGGGCACCUGUGGAGGGUACUGGAGACAUCUGCAGCUGCUGUGAAACUGGCAAUUGUCCAUUGUAUGGAGGAUACUCCCGGAGAAUUAACCCCCCAGCCAGACAGCCAGGGAGGCGCUUGAAGAGAGACAUCUCUUCCAAGCAAGGUGAACUCUCAAGGCUGGCAGAAGCUGAAGUCUCAGUUGGGCCACUGUUAAUCCUUGAUUCAGCUCAGAGAUUAUGGAGUUCCUUAGGAGGUCUUGCACCAGCAGGGAAGACCCCACAGGGUGCUGCUGAAGGACUCCCCAUGGUGGCCCAAGUUGCUAUGCUCACAGCAGCUGCUCUGCUGAGCUUGAUGGCUCUUGGACUGUUUCUUGUGUGCAGGAAGUGUCACUGCCCUCAUGGAGUGUCGCUGUAA